AUGGAGUGGGACAAAAACUUGGAUGAGCUAGGGCUCACUCCAAACCCAGCUGAACUAAAAAACGUUCAGACGAAGCGACACAUGCUGAGCGUGUUAUCAUCGUUCUACGAUCCACUGGGAAUCUAUUCGCCAAUCGUAUUCCGCGCGAAGGUUCUACUUCAGGAGAUCUGGAAACUGAAGUGCAAUUGGGACGAUGUCUUGCCAGCAGCUAUUCUUACAGAGUGGCAUGAGAUAGCUCAUGACUUAUCCGCAGCCAGCCAAACCAGAAUACCAAGACUUGCGAGUUUCACUUCCAACGUUGAACCAAGGUAUGAGCUCCAUGUUUUCUGUGACGCAUCAAAGGCAGGCUACGGAGCUGUGGCGUAUCUACGCACUAUCUCGACGAACGUAUCUGUUCGCUUACUCUUUGCCAAGUCUCGUGUGGCACCGUUAAAGGAAACAACAAUACCAAGGUUGGAGUUACUCGCAGCCACGCUAGGUGCUCGAAUGAUCAACUUCUUACGGAAAGAACUACCUCUUCAGCUCACUACGUACUUGUGGUCAGAUUCUCAAUGUGUGCUGGGAUGGGUGAAAGGGAAGGGCAAGGAUCUGCCGACGUUCGUAGCACAUAGGGUCGCAGAAAUCCGCCGCAAUGAAGACGUACAAUUCUGUUAUGUGAACACAAGAAGCAAUCCUGCCGAUCAACUCUCACGAGGCACCACGACUGCAACCCUCCUCAAGAGUAAUCUGUGGUGGACAGGACCCGAGUGGUUGGCGGACAUGCAAUGGGCACCGGAUACUGAUCCUUGUCAAGAAGAAGUCGUUCACGCCGCUUUGUCGGGGGAGGGUCCUGUGGAGCAACAGGCGAGCAACCCCCCACCGGCUGGUAUUCGUAUUGAGAAAUCAUCAUCAUUCGCAAAAGUGAUCAGGGUUACAGCAUGGGUACAGCGUUUCAUAAAGUCAGCAAGAAAGUCUCGUCCAACAUCACCAUACUUAUCGGUUGACGAACUUCAGACCGCGGAAAUGCUUUGGCGGAAACAUGCGCAAGCCACUGAUUACUCAGCAGAACUGGAAGCCAUCAAGAACAACAAGAAAACCAAGAGCGACUUGAUGUUCAAGUUGGGCCUCUUUAUUGAUAAAGAAGACGGCCUAAUCAAGUGCAGAGGCAGGAUGAAGCAUGCAGAACUGCCAUCAAAUGCUAAAUUCCCGAUUCUCCUCUGCGGAAAGAGUGCGCUGACGAGAUUGAUCAUUUCCGAUGUACACCAGAGAGUUCUCCACGCCGGCGCUAGUCAAACGCUUGUGGAAUUACGUAAACGCUUCUGGGUGACACGAGGUAGAAAAGAGGUCACGAAUGUAGUUAAUCAGUGCAAGGUAUGCAAACGGUUUGAGGGUGGCCCCUUUGCAAUGCCCAAGUUCGCACCUCUCCCCAAAGAACGGGUAACCCGCAGCGCACCAUUUGUCAGGACUGGCAUUGAUUACUUUGGGCCCCUGACUGUUAAAGCCAAUGGAGAAAACAAGAACGUUUGGGUGGUACUGUUCACUUGUCUGGCAACACGGGCGUUGCACUUAGAGCUUGUACUAGAUAUGACUACUGACAGCUUUCUAAUGGCGUUUAAGCGAUUCGUCGCUCGCCGCGGUACACCGGCUACAAUCGUGUCUGAUAAUGCUAAACAGUUUAAAUUGGCUGACGUCACCAUGGAGCAAUUGUGGAAAUCCAUUAAUACCAAUGCGGAUGUAUUCUCGACACUUGCCACUAUGGGUAUUGAAUGGCGGUUCAUCGUUCAACUAUCACCAUGGAUGGGAGGGGUGUAUGAACGCCUCGUCCAGUCCGUAAAGCGAAUGCUCAGGAAAUCCCUCGGUAAACGAAUUCUAAAGGCCGAAGAACUUUGCACACUGCUGACAGAAGUAGAGGGAAUCCUCAAAAGUAGACCUCUCACGUAUGUGGGUGAGGAUUUCAAUGGGUUUAUCCUCACACCAGCACACUUCUUGUGCCUCAACAACACUCUAACACUGCCGGGUGAGCAGUUAGAUACGAAUGAUCCAGAUUUCUGUGUCAAAGCCUCUGGUGAUUUACUUCUCCAGACGUUCAAUGUAUGUCAGCAGCAGCUGAAUCGCUUCUGGCAAUUAUGGCAAGACGAGUAUCUUGCAUCACUGAGAGAGCGUGGCGAUUACCAGCUACGACAAGGACGUAUUCGUGCCAAUGACGAGCCAGCAGUUGACACAGUUGUCAUCAUCCGCGAGGAAACACUGCCCCGAGUUAGCUGGCCAAUCGGCCGCAUUGUGAAACUGCGCGCAUCUUCAGAUGGUGAGACAAGAUCCGCCACCAUUCAGCUCCCUACUGGUAGGACAGUCAGACGGUCACUAUGUCAUCUUUACCCACUGGAAUGUCCAUCAACACCAGCUCAGGUGAGUAGUGAACCCGAACCAGUAUCGGCGACUGAGAGUGCAUCCAGUAGUGUCGCCACCGGCACGACUCGGCCCAAGCGGCACGCAGCAGCUCGGUUUCAAGAACAGCUAGGUGAGCUUAUACGAGACGGAGCAGUUUAG